UGAGCCACCGCCGGAGCCGCGAGCCGAGCGGCCGCCGGGCGCGCCCGCACCGCGGGAGGAUGGGCUGUGGCGGGAGCCGGGCCGAUGCCAUCGAGCCGCGCUACUACGAGAGCUGGACCCGGGAGACCGAGUCCACCUGGCUCACCUACACCGACUCGGACGCGCCGCCCAGCGCCGCCGCCACCGACAGCGGCCCCGAGGCGGGAGGCCUGCACGCGGGUGUGCUGGAAGAUGGACUGUCCUCCAACGGUGUGCCCCGAUCGACAGCCCCAGGUGGAAUAUCCAACCCAGAGAAAAGGAUGAGCUGUGGGACCCAGUGCCCGAAUCCCCAGAGCCUCACCUCAGGCCCUCUGACCCAGAAACAGAAUGGCCUGCGGACCACGGAGGCUAAAAGAGACGCUAAGCGAAUGUCUGCAAAAGAAGUCACCAUUAAUGUUACAGACAGUAUCCGACAGGCGGACAGAAGUCGAAGAAUCUCGAAGAACUGUGUUAACUAGCAGGAGCGUUCGGAUGGCAGUGCCGGUGGACAACUCUGGUGCCCUCCACCUACUGGAGCCCAUCAAGGAGCCUUGAAGAAGCGGGUGGCCCCUGCUGAGUGCCCUGAGGGACCGUCUUACCAGGCAGCGAGCGGCUGCCUGGGCUGCAGGGACGUUCUCGCGCCCUCCUCACCACAGAGCUGUACUGACACAGUGCUUGCAUAUGGUGAUACGCUGCAGUGACCGUGCCUGUCUGCAGCCCCUGCGAUGCGGUCUGACGUGGCCGUGGUGAGCGAGAGCCACGGGCGGGUUUGUGACACGGAGAAAAGUGGACGGAGUGCGUUUCCUGGGAGAACGACGCGCACGUGGGCUCUCAGCCCCGCCGGCCGUGGCGGUGUGUGCUCUUGCGGGUCCGCCUGUUCCUUCGUUCUGUCUUUCCGAAGGAAGCCCACCGUCGGAAAGCUUACCGUGUUCACUUAACAGUCGUCUUCCGCCCACCUGUAAACCCAGAUGUAGGAGAGACCGAGAAACAGGGAAAACCCCUGUGACACCCGUCUCCUGAGCUCAGUCCGAGACAGAUUCAGAGAUCCAGUGUCACACAAACUAACCCCGCCCGCGCUCACAGCAUGUUUGGGGAGGUCUCUGUGAUGCAGUCACACCUGUCUCUCAUCUGCCUUCAGUGUCCCCCCCCCCCCCAUACAGGUGUCCGUGUCUGCCCACGUACCGCAAUAUCGUGGUCACCGUGGUCAACACAUCCCACCGGGAUGGCCCUCAGGGCUCAGCCAGACAUUGCAUUUCAGAGCAUCCCACUUCUCUUCGCUUGUGCUCUUUGAGUGUCUGUUCUCUCCAGUUGGGUCAGUUGGGUCAUUCGCAGUUGUCAACCAAAGCGUAGACACUGCUCGCAAGAGGCAGAUAAUCCAGAACAUACUGGCAGCACAUAGCCUCUCGUACACAGCACCAGGCCUACGGCUAUGUCGUGUGCUGUCUGUGAAGGAAUCGCUUUAUUUUUUUUUUAUUUUUUUUUAACGUUUAUUUAUUUUUGA